CGCAAAGGGUUUUCUGCUCCAAUAGAAAUACCGCUAGAAUAUGCUCCAUCCAAUCAACAGCAUGGAACAGCUGCUUCCUCGAAAGUCUUUCCCCCAAUCGAAGGAUUGUUCAAUUUUGGCGGUGCGGAAAACAUGGCGGAAGAUUUGAACGGUAAGGAGGGUGGGAAGUUAAUACGUGUAUAUUUGUUGUGUUUUGAGGUUAUUGAGGCUGUUUGAACUUAUAAAAUGUUACACUUAAUUCCGCGACCUUUAAUUCACGCUUGUCAUGGAAUAUUUAGCCAUGUUAAAGCAAGAGCAAUGACGUUGAGUAGGCAGUUCUAUCUGCGCACUUCGAUUGUGUGGUCUUUUAAAAAAGAAAUUGUAUCGGCUAACGGUAACGUUUUAAAAUCUAAAAGAAUGCAUACGGAUAUGGAAUAGCUAGUAACUAUACUAGCCAAAUAACUAAUUGUAAACUGCGUGGCACUAUAAAGCGUCAAUCGAGGAAAAUCGGCGCGGUUUUCAGACAGCCCUAGGUACUUGCAAACAACAGAGAACUUCAUAACGCGCCAAAACACAGACCUCGUUGAGUAGCUAGCUGCUAGCUAGUUAGCUAGAAUUGUCUGACAGUGGCUGCAAGCGUUUCACAGAACCCGUUAGAAUUAGUAAAAAUGUAGCCUGCACAAUUCCAAAUUAGAACAAAUAAGAAUAUGUUCAAGCUGAAUAUUUAAUUAUGUCUCGUUUAUUUGUUGCCUUUUAAACCUAACGUAGUUGGCAGCUAUUAACUAACUAGCUAGCUAAACAUGGUGGCUACAAUUACAACAUUGCAGGUUGCAGCAUAUCCUGCAAGCUGUCUUUGGACGAUCUGCAGGCUGUCUGCCGCCAGGAAAGGCUCCACUGUAAAGAACUACAGGUGAACAAGCAUAACAUCGAUGACUAUGAGGUUGAGUACCUCUGUGACUACAAGAAGUCUAAGGUGAGUGAAUGAAUUCGCAAUGGUACUAUGAAGGCUGGGACAAGUCCUCCGUAGAGUUAUCUCAAGCAUUGCAACUAUCAGUUGGUGUGGUUCCUUUAACUUUUGGUUUCAUAUGGACACUGAGAUAUGAGAUGAGAGAUUUGUCAGCAGUUACAGCUAGAGGUGUGUGACCAACUGUUUGCUACUUGGGGGAAGCGGUCAAUGCAAAAGCACUUAGAAAUGCAAUUUGAACCCCCGUCUGGUGGGAAUAUAUUUAACAUACAUACAGUGAGAUCCAAAUGAUUUGGAAUUUUUUUGUUUUGUUUUGGCUCUGUACUGUCUCCAGCACUUUGGAUUAGAAAAGAGUGCACACUGUCACUGUCAGCUUUAAUUUGAGGGUAUUUUGAUCCAUAUCGGGUGACCCAUUUUCAAAUUACAGCACUUUUUGUACAUAGUCCCCCCAUUUUAGAAAACAUUUACAUUUACGUCAUUUAGCAGACGCUCUUAUCCAGAGCGACUUACAGUUAGUGAAUACAUAUUUUAUUUUUUUAUACUGGCCCCCCCCCGUGGGAAACGAACCCACAACACUGGCAUUGCAAACGCCAUGCUCUAUCAACUGAGCUACAUCCCUGCCGGCCAUUCCCUCCCCUACCCUGGACGACGCUGGGCCAAUUGUGCGCCGCCCAUGAGUCUCCCGGUCGCGGCCGGCUGCGACAGAGCCUGGAUUCGAACCAGGAUCUAGUGGCACAGUUAGCACUGCGAUGCAGUGCCUUAGACCACUGCGCCACUCAGGAGAAAACCAAAAGUGUUUGGACAAAUUCACUUGUGUAUUAAAGUAGUCAAAAGUUUAGUAUUUGGGCCCAUAUUCUUAGCAUGCAAUGACUACAACAAGCUUGUGACUCCACAAACUUGUAGGAUGCAUGUGCAGUUUGUUUUGAUUUCAGAUUAUUUUGUGCCCAAUAGAAAUGAAUGGUAAAUAUUGUAGUGCCAUUUUGGAGUCACUUUUAUUGUAAAUAAGAAUAGAAUAUGUUUCUGAACACUUCCACAUUCAUGUGGAUGCUACCAUGAUUACGGAUAAUCCUGAAUGAAUUGUGAAUAAUGAGUGAGAAAGUUGGAGCCACGAAGGUCAUACCCCCAAGACAUGCUAACCUCUCACAAUUACCAAUAACAGGAGAGGUUAGCAUUUUGGGGGGUAUGAUAUUUAUCCCUAUAACUUUCUCACUCAUCAUUAUUAACGAUUCAUUCAUUAAUGUAGAAGUGUUUUGAAACACACAGUAUUCUUAUUUACAAUAAAAGUGGCUCCAAAAUGACACAAUACAUUAUUUACCAUUCAUUUCUAUUAAAGCUGACAGUCCGCACUUUUAACCUCAUAGUCAUUGUAUCUUUUCAAAUCCAAAGUGCUGCAGUACAGAGCCAAAACAACAAAAGUGUCACUGUCUAAAUACUUUUGGACCUCACUGUAAAAUGUACCGUGUUCAAUAUAAUUAUUUUGUGGCAUGUGUCCUCUUGUCAUCUGUCAGGAGCAAGAGUUGUACCUUGUCAAAUGGAAGGGAUACCCUGAGUCGGCCAACACCUGGGAGCCCCGCAAAAAUCUCAAGUGCAAGAAGCUGAUGACUCAGUUCCACGAGGACAUGGAGCGUGAAAUGAGGCGGCAAAAGAGACGGACCACCUGCCCCAAGCGGCUGGACAAGGACGUGGCCUGGAUCCUGGUGCAGAAAGCCAAACUCCGCCAGAGGCUCCAGCGCUGGGAGGCCGACCUGAACAAGACGCGCAACCACCCAGGCCGCAUCUUUGUCCUGAACGAGGUGGACUUGGAUGGCCCGCCCAGGGACUUCACUUACAUCAACACCUACAAGGUGGGCGAGGGCAUCGUGCUCAAUGAGAUGGCCGUUGGCUGUGAGUGUAAGGACUGUUUCAGUGAUCCGGUCGGAGGCUGCUGCCCCGGGGCCUCCCUUCACCGCCUGGCCUACACUGACAAGGGCCAGGUGCGAGUGCGGGCCGGGGAGCCCAUCUACGAGUGUAACACCCGCUGCAGCUGCGGGCCUGACUGCCCCAACCGAGUGGUCCAGAAGGGCAUUCCAUUCGACCUGUGCAUCUUCAAGACUGAGAAUGGCCGAGGCUGGGGCGUGCGCGCACUACAGCACAUCAAAAAGAACACCUUUGUCAUGGAGUACGUUGGAGAGGUAAGUAGUAUAAAGUAUUUGCCAAUACUUUAGGUUAAAUGUAUUGGCCCAUCAUGUCAACUGCAUUUACCAGGAUGAGCUAUUCUGUCAUGAAAAUGUUUACAUUGGAUUAGAGUAAUGGACAAAGAACAUUAGACAAAUGUUGUAUGUGUCUGCGUCAGCGUUUCUAGCCUUACUUUAACAAAUACUAGCGCUGUGCUUCUAUUCCGGGUGUUUGUGAACAGUUUCUGAAGUGGUGUGUGCGUCUGUCUGUCAGAUCAUCACAUCGGAUGAGGCGGAGAAGAGAGGACACCUGUACGACCGGCAGGGCGCCACCUACCUGUUUGACCUGGACUAUGUGGAGGACGUUUAUACGGUGGAUGCCGCUCACCAUGGCAACAUCUCCCACUUUGUCAACCAUAGUGUGAGUGGCACAUUAUCAUAUAUGUUCACCUUUCAAAAACAAGAGGCAUACCUUUCGGUAGUAGUAUAUUUUGGUAUUCUAGGUGCAAGUGAAAGCAGUCGCAUCGUAGACACCGCAGAAUGGAAGCGGUUCAACCCAAGGAUGUUAUAGUAUUGCACUGUAAUAUGCUUCCUCAAACAGAACAUGAAGUGCACCAAAUGUGUUCUCAAUUGUAUGGAAAUCUGAAUAGAAUAGUGUUUAUGAAUGUAUUAUAAGUAGUAGGCUAUUCUGAAAUCUACCAUGAAUUGCUGUAGAUGUGAUUUGACCUUAAAGUAUUGACCUUUUAAGUUGUGUCGUCUCUGUUUUGCAGUGCAACCCCAACCUGCAAGUAUACAACGUGUUUAUAGACAACCUGGAUGAGAGGCUCCCGAGGAUAGCUUUAUUUUCAACACGCCCCAUCAGGGCAGGAGAAGAGCUCACUUUUGACUAUAAGAUGCAAGGUAAGUGUGAAGUCUCACUGCCUAACAUGUAGGUCUGUGACGAUACUAGUAUCGAGAUAUUUUUUCCAUGGCAAAAAUGAAAACACUAAGCAGACCAAUCGCUUUGGUCCUUUAAAAACCUGCUGUAUGUAAAAUAUAGUAUGCUAUAUCUUGGAAACUAAGUAAAUAUAACUCUGGAUGACCAACAUGUUUGUUUCCAACAUUAGAGCUGUUUUCCUAAAGAAGGUAACUGCUUCGUGUUUUGUUUACUUGCCACGAUACUAAUGAGUAUUGCAAUUCUGGUAUUGUCCCAGCUCUACUAGCAUGACCACAACAUGACAGUUUAAAGGUAGAUAAUACAGCUACUGUUACUAAUAUCAACUGAAAGCAACAAGUCACUUGAUUUUCCAACAGUUGAUCACCAUGUGGGUGUUUCUUUUGAGUAACAAGCCCACAGUAUGAUAGGUAGUGAAUUUAUCAACACCCAAUACAACCUCGGCUGGAAGCUAUCGUGAGCCUCUAUUGGUAAUCGUGCCGCAAUAUCGCUGGAGUUCAGCUUUCUCAAAUUUCUUGCAUCGCUCUCAUCGCUUUGCACAUUUCACCUGGCUCAUUGAAAAUGAAUGGGCUCUGUCAUUUUGUCAUCACCCAUCACUGCUAGUGGGCAUUGCAGGUAACUUGCUUGCUACAUUGACUAACUAUAUAGGUGGGAGUGGGCACCAAAUGUGUCAUUACCUACACUCAGUCCUUUCAGGGCUAGGUAGGCACGUGCAAUUGGGAAAACCCAACAGUUUUUUUGUACUACAGUAACACAUUGAAAUUGUAUAACUCAAUGGAAUCAAUGAGCACUGGACAUUUCAACAUUAAACUUCGUUUAGCUUUUCACUUUUGCUUGGGCAAAACAGUUUUCAUAUUUGGCUUGUUAAACAGUUUGACAAUUAUGUGGUGCAGGUGAGCCAACCAUAACGCAUAUCUCAGAUGUGUUGUCUUGGCUGAAUUUGACUCUUGACAUUGUCAUUGCAGUUGAUCCAGUCGAUGCGGAGAGCACAAGGAUGGACUCAAAUUUCAGUUUAGUGGGACUCCCAAGCUCUCCCAAAAAGCGGAUUCGGGUGGAGUGCAGGUGUGGAUC